AUGCGGAUCCACAUGCAGUAUGACGAUGUCGCUUGGGAGAGGAGCGAUGAAAUAUACGAAACUUGGAGAAAGAAGCUGAAUGACUAUGAUCUCCUACGAGAGAUUGGUCUUUUAAUCGCGAAGCACCGAGGAGGCGUACCGGAGGAACUCUGCUCACCCGAACGCGGAGCUUUCAAUCUUUGCAUCCGCAUGAAGUUUAGAGAUGGUGGUUCAGCAAUCAUACGGUUCCCAUGCCCCGGAAAGGUCAUGUUCCCCGAGGAUACCACCAUUCCCAUACCAUUUGUGUUGCACUACGGUAUGACGGACGAGAGCCCCGGCGGCUUAGGGCCAUUUAUCAUCAUGGAGUAUGUCAACCAUGAGUAUAAUCUCGCAAGCGUCUUGAAAACCCCAGGUCUCCCAGGCGACGUCCGCGCCACCCUAGAUCCAGAAAUCUCGGACGAGAAGCUUGAGCUGGCAUAUAGCUAA